CGUGGCACGACACCGCGUUAUACCCGCGUUAUAACGACAAGAUGAAGAUUCAGUUUAACUUUAACGUUAUCUGCAGUAAGCAACAGGAGAUUUAAAUUUGUGCAAUGCAUAGAUUAAAAUUUGAGUCUAAAGCUCGUGGUACAAUCAAAGUUAGGGAAAUUCUGUGGCUCAAAAUAAAAAUUGAGAUUAACAAUGUUGCACUGGUGAUAUUGUUUCCGAAAUAGUUCAGUUUGGAAAAAUAGUCAAGUAUGAAUUUGCCUUAAUUUAAACGAAACUUUUGGCAAGAAGAUAGUGUUUUACAUUUCCAAAAAUUUUCGCGUGUCGAGCGAAAAUCUCUUGCCGAUCCUGCACUUCUGUUUGGUCGUCUUUUAAGGAUAUGCAUUUCAGCGUGAAAACAAUUUCUCUGAUCUGAUCGAGGUCAUUCACCGCGUUUGUUUGACACAAAUAUCUUCGCACUGACGAAUAUUAGGUAGCACUUGAAAUAACUCACGCUCAACGCAAUUGUUAUCGUGCAGAAGAAGCGACACAGACGGCACACUGUCGGAAUCUUUGUUGUCGCCGCAUUAAUUUCAUUUAUUGAAACCUAACUGGGUCUAAUACUCUAUUCAGGGGCACCGAUACCGCGACCAUCCAGAAACAAGUAUUAUCAAUUCGCAUCACGUUGCUCUGUGAUUUUAUUUUAAGCUUUCGUUCUAUUCUAAAAAUUCCUUGCAAACGAAUUUAUCUAUUUCUCAUUCAGAUUGAUCAACACGCUUCGACCCGAGCGACUCGUUUAAUGAGUACGCGGCUUAAAAGAAUAUUUUAAGUGAAGCAAAUAACAAAUUGGCGGUAGUUCGAGUAAGCACCGAAUUGAAUCUCGAAUAUCUAUACAGUCACAUACCAAAGCUUCAAGAUCUAAUCAUAGAUACGAACCAACGAAACGAGAAAUUCAAUGUCCUGGAAAAAUGAUCGGACACGUUCGUGUUGCACGGUGAUUGGGAUUACGUUUUAUAAGCUUCGUUUAGAUGAUUUACAUCGGACGUAGUUAUACACGGGAAUGCGUGGGGUUACAUGGAUCCUACCGCAAGUGACACUGGUGACACGCUGGAGGGUUUCUAGAGGAUGUCAUUCAAAACACGCGUCAAACGGCAGGGACGUUUUACAUCGUAACGCGAUGACAGGGAACGACUUCCCCUACUUCCUUCUUAUUCCCCGCCACGCGACGCUUUGUAAACGUUUUGAAGAAAGAAGAAAAGUUCGAUCGACUCGUAACUCGAUAUUAAGAAUUCACGAUAUAGAUUGGCGUUAAUUUAAAAGGAAUUGCCACUUAAGUAACGCUUGGAUUUUUAAUGCUUUCAUUCGCUUCGAUGAAUCGACAGGGGUCCAAAGAUCGACGCGAUACGCGAGAAGUUUUCUGCAUCCUAUGGGGUGUGCAAUGUUGCAUGCGCCGGAUGACUUUUAGUUGGCGUCCGCUGAACAGAAACAGGAAAAGAUGCGGAAGAAAGGCAAGGGAGAAAAAGAUUACACAGGCAGGUGUACAGCGAAAAGUGGUUCUUUGCACGUGCAUCCGCUGUAAUGAGAACUCAGUCUUCAUUCUCCGACGUAAGAAUGCGUUAACGAACCUUAGGUGAAAGUUCGCUUAAAAGAUUUUGUUAGCGCGCGGCUAAGAGCUUCUGAUAUUUCAAAUAUGCCGCUCCUACUAGAUUAUGAAGUAGCGCGUGUAUAGAAGGAAUUGGGAAACCGUAGCCUUUAACGUUCAUAAAUCUCACUUAUCGCGAUUUGUUAUCGCCUUAACCAGAGUUUGGUAUAGAAACAUGGACUCGGGGCAAAAAAGAGGAAAAAUAGUGGAACGUAUACGAGCGUGUAGGAACGUAUAGGAGGAUAAGCUGCUGGAAAUACCUACAUAUUUUUCCGCGGUAGACAACGAAAGAAUCGAUACUGUGAAAUCGCUGAAAAAUACCAGCCACAUUUCUCUAAUCCUGCCUUCUUCUCUAGUAUUCGAACGAGGGGUGCGAGCCCGCUGUUUAAAAUCUCUAGGCGGAGAUAUUAUAUCGGUUGUCGUAUUUUCCUCGCUCCCGGUAUUCGUUGACGCUGUUCAGACACCCGCGUAUGUUUCAUAAGAUCUUUACGCUCGAUUCUCCCCCGUGCAUUACGUCCAUUUCAAAGAUCACGUAGAAAAAAGUCGUGCAGUUAACAACGCUUGGCUAGGUAACGUGAUGAAGUCCGACAGAUUAAUUUCGCGCGAAAAAAUCGUAACUUUUUCUCUGCCACGUUGACGACUUGCUAACGAUCAGACAGUAUAGCAAAAACAAGCGACGAGCAACGACCUUACAUGUAAUUCAGCAAGGCUUUUUAGUGUUUUUAAUGACAGCAUGUAUGGUGUUCAGUAAAUAAUCCUCGUCACAAAAAGUUGAUCGAUUCGUUCAAAAUACAUAAUUGUGAAAGAACCCUAAACAUUUUAACUUUUAUAGCUACGACACGACACGUGUUUCUAAGUUAUCGUUGUAAUUCCAUUUUAGUGCUAUGUUGGUUCUACACUUACGAAACAAGAAUAAACUGCCUCUCUACCGUUUCUCUUCCUUCAAGUGAAUAUACUCUGUCUUUUUGAGGGAAGAACAGAAAGAUUGUUAGUGGCAAACGGAUGCAAGUGAGAUAAAAUGAUUUUCUUCGUAUUCGAUAAUUCAUAAAGUGAAAGAUUUAGCACUUCUGAAUGUUAAAUUGCGAUUUACGCAAUGCCAUAGAAGUAUCACUUGCAUUCCUUUGGUCCUCUAGGUGUUUCAUUCAUGAAUCGAAAGUUUGUUGACGAUUUUACGAUUGUAAGAUGCAAUGCGUCAUAAACAGAGGUCCUUGGACGAAGAACGCGAAACAGCCGGGAAAGGAACAUCGGGCCACGUAAUACAGGAAUCAAGAGAAGUGCGAGUGUCGACGCGAUAGAGGAAAUUGUCUGACUACGCUCCCUUUUCGGAAGCCGGUAGCGGUAACGCAUCCCCUCGCGAAUCGAGUUAAGCAGAGCGAGCGAGAGAGGAUGCUUUUCGCUCACCCUCCGUACAGAAUUCCUCCCUCUGCCUUUCAAACGAAAAGGGAGUCGGGGGAUCAAAAUCUAGUCGAAUCUUGGCGGUCGCGCUCGUAGCAUAUCGAACCUGGGAAAAAUGAAAUUCCCGCCACCGGUCGAUAACACGCCGGUUUCCAACGUUGUUAGGGGUUGCAGGAAGAAAACGCUUCCCCGUAGAGUGCUCAAGAGCCAGCAGUCGAAGGGAUAUUGCUGUGAUAAAACAAUACUCGAGCAAACGAGAGAGGUUGAGAAAAUAUGCCCGGACAAAAUCCAUCGAGUCCAACUAUACACGCUCGUUCUUAAGUUUUAGAGCACUUGAACUAGAAGAAGAUAAGAUAAAACUAAAAAAUCAUUAGGAACUUAUAUAAUAUCUUUGGGAUUGUUGUUCCGGUAGUAGAUUAUUGCGCAAGCGAGCUCAGCUGUUCUAUUAUUUAUGAACCGGAGCGUGUUCUAAAAUUUGUCUGCACUCGAAGAAUUUGUUUCUCGUCAGUGAUUUCACAAUUUCAACACUGUCGUCAUUUUUGCCCAAGCAGACGCAAACGUAGCGUCGAUGCAUCAUAAAAGAUUAAAAUGACUGUGUCUUUGAGCAUCCUUCCAGUAGAAUGGACGUCGAAAGCAACGAGAACAAACGACAUGUUUUCGUACGUUUCUUGUUUCCGGGUCAGACACCAUUUGCCAUCGAUUUGACAAAGUGUGAAAAUGCAAGUUAUGCAACGAUGCGACAAAUACGAGGAAGUUGCGAAUAGCGACUGAUAUUUGAGAAACUUUUCCACCUAUAUUUAAACACGGUUUCACGGGGGAAUCGUUGAAUUUCCAUUCAUUUGAAUUAGACCGCCCACUACAGAGGUUACACCUCAAAGCCUAAUUCAUUCAACCAGAUUGAUAUGUCAACACCGAAUUGCUUCGUUUAACGCACUAUUCGAUCUUCCCUCUUUUUUCAUUAAUAUUUCCAUUAGCAAAGAUAUUUCCAUUUCUUCUUGGUUCACGUUUCAACUCUAAGACGAUAAAUAAUACUUGCGUGAUUUAGAAUUUUCCUGAGCAACAUUGCAGGUCAUAAAGUGACCCAUGAAAGUAUAGAAAACUUGUAUGAAUACAUUACGUGCCUUGCACGAAACUUUUCUAAAUUUCAUACUGUAUUUUUUAUUGAUUUUAUACAGAUUUUUUUACUAAGAAUAUUUAAGAAUACUAGAAGAAUACUAAUACUAGUAAAAAUACUAAGAAUACAGAUUUUGUCAAUAUAAUCAUGGUGGUCGUGCCUCGUUAUGGUACUAAUGAAAUUUCGAAAAAUUUUGUAUAACACACAUAGUAUAUUCGUAAGAAAUUUCAAUCUAAACGUUCAAAUACUUUCGUGAGCCACUGUACGUUCGUUAUUUUCCCCGUAUUUUCACAGAUUUCCCUUCGCCACGUUUUCUUGGUGGUACUGUACAAAACGAGUAUAGGAUACCAUGGGGAAUCCCAUUUGUACCGGCGCGGCGCGUCUACCGGCGAGCGUAUUGCUUGGCAGACGUAUUUGCGUACGCGUGUUUGGGGUGCGUGAGGGUGCAUUCGUUUACCCGAAACUCGAUUUCGAAGCUUCGUAUCAGCACCGUCAAGACAUAAAUUUAUCUUUCUUGUUGCCUUAUGGAUCGAUAAGCCAAGUUACAGUGGCUACGUAGUAAUUUUGAAAGUGCAUUUCGUCGACAUUCUGUUCUGUUAAAUUCUCAUUGAACUAUUUUUGGUUCAUCUGCUACUGCAGCAAAAUGCAGCAACAUCCGCAGUCUGCUUUUUACUACAAAUCGAACUAGUUUUCUCAGUUUCACUCAAUUUCGGAAGAAAAUGUGGAGCUCGGUUACUGCGGCUGGCAGUGAAAAUGGGCCCGCACCACCUUCCAGAAGCAAGCACAGCGCUACUUUGCUCGCAGGGCACGUAUAUCUCCUUGGCGGACGAAACGGCAAUCUUCCUCUCAAAGACCUCUGGCGAUACAGCCUCGCCGACAGUAAAUGGGAGGAAUUGCAUCCUGGGGGAGAAAGACCGCCAGCACUUCAGGAACACAGCGCGGUAGCUUACAAGGAUUGCCUUUACAUUUUCGGGGGUGAGCUCGGCUUUUCCGCAGGCACGGAAACGCCACUUUGGGUUUACAAUGUCAAGACCAACAUGUGGAGGAAAGUAAGAGCGCAGAGAGGUUGUGCGGUUCCCAGAGGUCGAAGAGGCCAUACCGCUUUAGUUCAUCGUGGUCAGAUGCUCAUUUACGGUGGUUAUCAAGAUCUACGUGGCAGCUCACCAGAAUUGUGGGCAUUCCAUUUCGAAACGGAAUCGUGGCAUCUUCUUUCCUCCAGCGAAAGCGGGCCAGCAGCGAGGCACAAACACUCCGCAGUUUUACACGGUGACGCCAUGUACAUUUAUGGGGGUAUGACCGACCUACAAGAGAGAAGCGAUUGCUGGCGAUGGGAUGUGAAGACCGCUUCCUGGUGUCUGUUGAAGAACAAACCAGGACCAGGACCUCUUCAUGGGCACGCAGCUUGCAGGCUUCCCAGUUGUAUGCUAAUUUUCGGUGGAGAAAGCGGUGGUUUAGCUACGAACGAACUAUGGAGGUUUCAUUUCGGUACGGAAACGUGGGAGAAAUUAUCAGUGCCAGGUCCUAAACCCCAGCCAAGAGCGGAAAGCGUUGCGUUAGCAGUUUCCGAACUGAUAAUUCGAGGGACCAAUAUCGACAAUUCGAAACCAAAACUGAGAAAUCAAAGGAUGAGACUUUGUAACAAUAGGAUAUCACCCAAUGAAGCACCGGCUAGACCGAGCUUUCUUAAGGAAAUUUCGAAAUUAUCGCAAAUUAAUCUAUCGCGGCUAAGUCAUCCGACAAAGUGCAGCUAUUCCGUUUUAAGUGGCCAAGAUGACAACGAGGAAAGUCCGCAAGAGGCGAAUACGUACUAUCCGUUUCAGCAAGUGGACUCCGAGGUUGUCGAGCCAUCUACGGGUAUGGUGAAAUCACGAAGCGCUAAUACGCUAGCUCGUAGAAGACAGAAACCGCCGGAAACAACAUAUAAAAACGUGGACACGAACAAUUGCAACAACGCAACCGGUGGUUCCGGCAUGACAAGAGAUCCUAUCUCGGUACCGAAUUUCCGUGCUCUGACCUUGCCCACUCCGGUCCUGACACCUGUAGAAGCAGCCAGGCUUGUUUUCGUCGACCCAGACGAAAAUAGCGACAACGAGGAACGAAAGGAACCUCCUACCUCUAGGUUGAUAGAAGUUCAAGAGGAAAGGCGAGACUUCGCGGCUGUGCACCAGGCCUGUCAGCCGACACGAGGCGAGAGUUACAGCUCGCAUCUUUACGAAGCGGCGCUACAAACACCGAAAACACCGACCACUUCAAAAAUUCCUACUUCCGCGUCGGUUCGAUUCGCUGACUUAGAAGAAGGUGAAGAAUCGACGUCGGACUACGCGAGUAUAGAAGCCCGUAGUCCCGGUGAUCCACUCGCCGACGACGAUUGGCAAUCAGGACGAAAGGGCAAACAGUAUCGCCCCAUAGUUACCCCAUCGACGAUACGCGAAGGUCAAUUCGGCUUUUGUAAUCCAAAUUACCUCGGACUGGAUGAAACGAAGAGUCAUCAUCAGCAACAGCAACAACCUCAGGAUGGCAAGUACGCGAGAUUAUUGAACAGCCCACCGGACAGUGUCUUGGAGGACGAACCGGGUAGAUCGGCCUCGCAAACGUUUGCGGAAUUACUAGAACUUCAAGAAAUUAAAAGGGUACCGAGAGCACCGCCUAAAAGUUUACCAUUAGGCUCUCCGUCGAGGAGAGCAGUCAGUGCGUCGAGAGCCGAGAGACAACGAGCUAAGGUUGCUGCGGCUGACAUCAAGGAAACCGAGACACCAUCGUAUGGACCAGCACCACUUUAUGUUUUUUUAGUUGGCGGGAAAGAAAAGGGUCAGGUGACGGUGUUCGCGAGGCCCGUUUCUUUGUGGAAAUUGCAAUUAGCACCACACAUUUUUUAAAGACGAUAAGUAUGUUUAUUGGUUUUAUGCAUUUUUACACGAAUAGUUCCAUGAAAUCGAGCGAUCGAUUUUCUUCGAAAGAUUUGCCUGUUGCUCUUGAAGAGCGAACAAUUGGUAAACGCAAUUUCCUAAUGCCAAAUGAAGACUGCAGGAGAAGAAUACGAUAAGUCAAAUUUCACACUUUUUAUAGAGAAACAGUUUCGAGAUUCGGCACGUUAUCAAUUCGCCUCGUGUUAUCAAAAUUAUCUUUUUAUUUGGUUUUUAAAAUUUUAGAAUUAUUGUUGGUCGCAACAUCGAAAUGUUGCUUUUGACUUAAUAAUUAUACUUUUGCCUUACAUAAAAAAUUCGUUAACACAUCGUUAACUUAAAAAGAUUUACAUGUUUGAAUCUAAUAAAUUGUAAUCAUGAGGUAACAUCAAAAUCAGAGAAUCAUUAGAAAUAUACUUAUUAUAUUCUUCACCUAUGAUCUCUAAAUGUUACGUCGUUGUAGUUAGAGGAAUUCCUUAAUCCUUUUACUGCGUUUAUUAUCGAGGACAACGUAUCUGUUUCGUUGACGUGCAUUUACGUCUUCUUAAUAAGUUUAAUUAUAAAAAGUCUUCGGCUCUUUGAAGUAUCGAUAUCGGAAAUUAUGAAAUUAAUAUAAUUUAUCGUGCAAUAUCAAAUGUGAUCAGGACAGCGAAGUACUCGAGUUUACAGCGACAGAUUUUAAAUUGAACAUAGUUAUCGUUAUUUCAGUAUCUUCUUUAAAAUAUUCUUCUUUAACUAUAUUAAACUAUAUUGCUUACAUUAAACUAUAAUAAUUUAAUUAUUUCCGUUUUAUUACUCGUUUACUUUGCUACUUACAUUUAAUAAUAAAUGUAGUAGUACACGAAACGUUUUACGGUAGAUCAGUGAAUGGAAACGCGUAGAUCCAUGGAAAGUUCAUAUUGAACCGGUUCAUUUAAAACGAUUGUUCUACGGUUUUAUUUAUUCGUAACGAAAUAAGCAGUCAUAUGGAACAGAUGUUCAUACCAAAGCGCAAGUCAAACACGAGUGAAAUGAAUGAACCGACCCUUUAUCUACGAAUGCGUCCUGUCAGUCUUAAGUGGUACACAAUAAGACUCAUAGAAUGUUAUAAAAAUUUACGAUUAAGAUCGAUACGUUAGAUCCUAGGUUUACCAUAAAUGAUAUAAUUUUUCAUACUAUGGUAGAUAGACGUGUAAUACGGAAUGCUAGAUUAUUCAAAUUUUUUGACGCGAUAUUUAAAGAUAUAAAAUAAUAACAUCAGAAAACUUGCCCGAUCUGCGCUUAACUGCCAUCGACUGUGAACACGGAUAUGCAUAGAAAAUAAAAUAGAAUAUCCAUAAGUUCGAAGUGUAACGAUCGACGUUAAAAUCAUUCUGAAUAUUAAUGGAAAUCGGUGUGUGAUUGUGCCCAAUGUGAAUAAUUAAAGUACGUUUCAAUUAUUCUGUGGAGAUUAGAUUUUUAUAAAAAAAAAACAAAAAGAUGACUCUAAGAGAAAUUUCGUCGGUAAACGUGAACUAAAGUAGAAUCUAAGGAAGCUAUCAAUGAAGAUAACUGUGUCGAGUUUUUCUUUUAAUUUCAUCACGAAAGGAGACACUUGUAACGCGCGAAACGUACAAUCGUAUAUAAAAGAAAAACUAUUGUGUUCCAAGACGUUUUAGCGAAUAUAAAACAAAGGUACGAAUCAUUGAAGUCAAAAAGUCUCCACUAUGAUUAUAUUUAUGACGGUAGCGUAUCAUAGAUCCGGUAUAUAUAUCAUAAGUGAAAGAAACGAUAAAAUAUGGGAGGUCUCUUGUCCAUGUAGAGUUUUUAUGCCCGCAAAGGCCCAAUACAUGUAAUCCAUCCAUAUAGUAGCAAAGGUCAACGUGGCACCUCAUAGGCUGAAUAUUAAAAAUCAUAAUUUUUAGUCAUUUUUAGAGGUAUAAUAAUAAUAAUUUUAAUUUUAGAUAUACUUACAAAUAGGAAAGGUUAUUUGACUAACAGCAGUUAAUUUUACGCGUAAAAUGUUUUAAGAUAACAAAGCUAGGUUUGGUUAAAGGGCAUGUGCAAUAUGUAUAGGUGCAUAUUAAGUAUCCUUCGUUGAAUUAAACGCCCUGUUUAGUAAGAAUAUUUGGUAAUAUUCAGCUAGAGGCCGCAGGCACCCAAAAAAUUAAAGUUUUCCAUUCGUAGCACUAGUCAAUUUUACAUUUCACAAAUCAGUGUACAAACGUUAAGAUAAAUGUUUUUUCGUAAUGUGAUUUUUCUCCUAGAAUCUCCUAACCUAGAAUUUGUUAAUUUUCAGAUAUACAUAUUAGUAUGUACAGUAUUAACCCGUGAUCCAUUUUUGCAUUGUAUGCAUGAUCGUCGCCCAUAAUCUUGACCAUUUUGCCAAGCAGCUAGUAACCAUAGUUAAUUAAUUAGUCGUACGAAGUAUACAUACUAGUAUACCGCCGUCGAACUUUCGAUUGUCCUACGUACAUGUUCCAUAUUUAAGACAAGUUCAAACGAUUCCAUAUGACGUGCAAUUUAAUUUAACGAGUUGGAAAUUUUGCUAUUUAAAAUGAAAAUGAAAGCGAAGCAGUGCAUAUUUUAAAUAAUUAACAUUCCCGCGUCAUUAUUAUUUUAAGUUGUACGUAUGCGUAACGCAGUCUGAUAGUCAAUUAUAAUCGUGUCAUUAAAUAUGUCCGUUGCCAAAUAAUACUUCUCUUUAGAACGUCAUGCCUCGUUAAAACGAGAUUCAGAGUAUAAGCUCGAAGACGUGGGUUAAACCCGAAAAAAAAAAAGAAAUUGAGAAAAAGAAAGAAUAACAGUGUAGCUGAUUUGAGUGCCUGUAACUUCAUGCAAAUAUAUGCAUCUCAUAUUUUUCUGCACACGAACGAUUUUUCGGAAAAUACAAUUCACUGUGUUGUCUUCUGGCUUAUGCUUCUCUUUAAAGUUACCAGUGACUACAUGUCGUACAAACGAGGCGCACGGAAAUAAAAUAACAGUGAAAGGCGGCAUUAUGAUAUAAUAUGCCGAUGGAAGGAAAAUAAAUCGCGUAUUGUUCCAAUCGAAUUUCAUAUCACAGAACGCAGUAUUUUUUCAACGAGUAAGCCUUGAAGCAGAUGACCCGCACUCUGAUUUUUUCUAUGUUAAAUGUCAGACAAUAUAUGUAUGUAUAUUAUAUGUACAUCUAUUUAUAUGUCUCCGUUUAAAUGAAUAGUUACAAGGAUUAACACCAUUUUGUAAAUAUGGUGAUGACAAAAGUAUCGUGUAAGUUAUCAACAUCUGUCCAACAUAUAAAGAUUUUAUUAAUUAUUAUUAUCUUUGAACUAUAAGUUAACGUAAAGCAAAUAACUAGAUUUGUAUGAAUCGUUAAGUUACAUACAGUACUUUGUUUUAACGCGACAAAUGUAUUAUUUAUUAUUUGCAUUCGAGUUUAUGUAUGUAACUAUUAAUCAUAAAUACCAUAAUCAAAUUGUGGUAUUGAUAUAGUUUGAUAAAGUGAAAUACAAUAAUUUAGUAUCAGCCACA